AUGACCUUGAGACUCCCUUUCUGUACAGGAAAGAAGUUUCUCACCAUUGUCAGUGCCUAUGCGCCCACCAUGACCAACCCAGAUGAGAUCAAAGAAAAGUUCUAUGUGGACAUUGAUGCUACCAUCAACUCAGUUUCCAACACAGACAAGCUCUUUAUACUCGGCGACUUGAACGCCAGAGUCGGCAGUGACCUCACUACAUGGGAAGGGGUGGUUGGGAAGCAUGGGAUCGGCAACUGUAACACCAACAGACUGAUGCUUCUCCAGACAUGUGCCGAGCACAACUUUCUGAUCACAAACACCAUCUUUAGCCUCCUCACCCGCAACAGGACAUCAUGA